UCCCUGCGUCGUCCUGGAGACUGGAAACAAACCAGGCCAGAGCAGUAGUGAGGCCGAGCUCAGUGAUGUGACCGGAGAAGAGCGUUCGGCACAGAUGUGGACUCAUCAUGGAGAACUAUGAGAAAAUAUUGAAAAUUGGAAGAGGUGCCACAGCUGAAGUGUUCCUAAUGAGAAAUAAAGAGACUAAGAAGAUGUAUGCUGUGAAGACUAUUAAGAUAGAUGCAUCCAAACAAAUGAGAACCAAGGAGUUUGUUGUACAAGAAGCAACUAUUCUACGUAAACUUAUACACCCAAACAUUGUCAUGUGCUAUGAAUACUUCUGUGACCCAGAGGAUGAACAUGUAUUCAUUGUUCAGGACUAUUGUGAUGGUGGGGCACUGGAUGAUUACAUUAAUCAAAGAAAAGGAGUUUUCUGCUCCGAAGACAUUAUCAUGGAUUGGUUUAUUCAGUUGACUAUGGCCAUUCAGUACAUCCAUUCCAUGAAAAUCCUCCACAGAGAUAUCAAGACUUCAAAUGUCUUUCUCACCAAAAAGGGCAUGAUUCGACUUGGGGAUUUUGGCAUAUCCAAAGUUAUGAACAGCACCUUGGAUAUGGCAAGUACAUGUGUAGGAACACCAUAUUAUCUCAGUCCAGAGCUGUGUCAAGAUAUUCCAUAUAGCUCAAAAUCUGACAUUUGGGCCCUUGGUUGUUUACUCUAUGAAUUGUGCGCCCUAAAGCCAGCAUUUCAUGCAACCAACUUAAUAAGCCUCUUCUACAAAAUUGUCAAAGGGGACUAUUUUCCACUGCCAGACUGCUACUCAGCUGAUUUACACUUAUUGGUUAAAACUAUUCUUGUUAAAUGUCCAGAAUCGAGACCAAGUGCAAAAACCAUAUUGAGCUUAGAUUUUGUUCAGGGACAUUUAAAAGAAUUUAUCCAAAAACACGAAUUUCACCUGUACAAACAGAACAUGGACAAGAAAGAUAAUAGAGAGGUUUGUCCUACAGAAAACCGGAGCAAAACAUCACUGACAUGUCAUGGAAUAAACAAAGUUGAUUUAAGGUGCAAAUCUACUCCACCAGCUGCCUGUAAAAUAGAUGUUGGUUCUUGUGAGUUAUGGGAUCACGAUGAAUUGUCAAGUACCGGUGAUAGAUCUGAUUACUCUGAGGACUUUGACAAAGACAGCAUUUCUUCUAUAGAAGAGGAUAUUGAGGGUGAGACGUGCCUUCGGAACCAGAAUAAUGAUGUUCCAGAAGACAUUGGUUCCAGUGAUGAAGACUUGCCAGAUUACCCUGAUGAUUUUGAGGAGGUUGAAGGAAACACUCUGGAGAUGAUUGUUAGUCAUGCAAGAUCAGCAAUGGAUAUAUUUGCUGAUAAUGAAACCUUCCAAGAUGAAGAAACACACUCCUUGUCACAAACUCUCAAGACAGUACAUCAGCAGUACAUAGGGACUGUUGGGAAAACACUUUACAAUGAAAUAUCCAACCAUUUCCUGAAGGGCUUAACACCAGAAGAUCUCCGGCCCCAGUUUGAGCAUAGAAUUGGACCAGAAAGACUUGAAACAUGCUAUAUUCUUUUCAGUAUGGAUCAGGAGACAUCAGCAUGUUAACCACAUGAACAGUUUCCACUGAGGAUAUCAGGAAGCUCCAUUCUAAGGAGCAAUUAUUACUGACCUUCGCUACUUACUACAUGGGGUCUUCAAGACUAUGGACACCUUUGGGGGCAGUUUUUAUCAUUGCAUUUUACUUUAUUUUUUCAACUGGUCUUUAUUGAAAUUUUAAACAGUUACAGCUUUCGCUGCAUGUACAGACUAUUGCUCUCUCCCUCAGACUGAAUCCAUGAGGUAGCUGACAACUUGAUAUGUAGCCCUCAUCUAUGAACUCCUGACAGAUUAAGACUUUUAACCCCCAGAUGCCGUGGUCAAUUGUGACCAAGGCAUCUGAGUGU